CUGGAGCCGCCGCCGCCUUGGGCGCCUGCGCGGCGGCGCUGCCCGCCCCGCACGGCUCCGUCUCGGCCAUGGCUCUGCGGCUGCUGCGCGGCGCGCCCGGGGCAGCGAAGUCCUCACUUCUUUGCCACUCACGAAGCACCUCCAGCUCUAAGCCAGGAGGAAGAUCUGAACCUGUUAAGCAGCCCCUAAAGAAACCAAAGUUACCAGUAGGGCGGUUUGAUGAACCAGAAGAGUCCAGUAUGGAGAAGGAACCCCUGGAAAAAUUCCCUGAUGGAAUCAAUCCUACUACAAAAGAGAGGGGUGGACCCAGAGGCCCUGAACCUACACGUUUUGGAGACUGGGAAAGAAAAGGACGUUGUAUAGAUUUCUAAUAUUUAAAUAACUGUAUUGCUAAUAAAAUAUUUCUAGUUGCUGAAAAAUAUAAUGUACAGAAAAAAAUCUCACCUGGAGCUUAUUGUUUCUGUCAUGCCACAACAUUCUCUCAUGUGAUGAAUUUUCUUAAUAAGGCAAUGUAAUUAAACACAGUGCUUCAGCUCAGAUUAUGGAGCUGUUAGUGGCUCAAUGUCUGCCUGAUCUUUAAUACUAUUUACACUGUGCAAGUAUAAGUGCAAGUCUAGUGGUGUGAAAUUGGUAGUCAGGUGCUUAUUGAGAUGCAUAAGGGCUUGUAUUUGUUCAUGAAUGUAAAGAUUUAUGUGGUGUUGUAAAAGUGUUGAAAGAACUUUUCAUUUCAUGAACCUGGAGACCAUUCAUCAAAGGUAGAACCAACUCUGAGGAGAUCAGUAGGUCACUGAUUUCACACAGUGGUUCCAUGGUAAAAGCCCUUUUACUGAAGAACCCUCCAUCUGUCCCUAUUGCAGUGGGUUGGGUGUUUUUUCCUGGUUGUAGGGAAGGGAUAGUGUUUUCUCUGAGGACUGUAAGUACUACAAUGGAAAUGGAAACUUUAAUUUUGGAGAGGGUCAGCUCUUGAUUGCAAGUAGUUUAGAGGUGCUCUGUUUGCGAUUCUAGAACACUGUCCUUUAUCAUCUGUCUUCUUCAUGCUACUUGCAUUAUCUUUUCUUUUGUGGAGGUGCCCUUUUGCACAUGGGCUAAAUGCUGCUUGGGAAAAAUACAGCCUUACUAUCUGAAACCUUAUGGUCAAAGGGGACAAAUUCCGUUAGGUGAUUUAAUAUUGCAAGUGUUAAAACUAAGUUAUCUGGCAUCAAACUAAAUAUCAGUCAGACUGAGCUUGGUUCUUCAUUCAAGAAUUUGCCUAGUCAUACGUACUGUAGUAGAGUAGUAGUAUUGUGCAAAUCUAUCACUUGUGUGGGUACUUACUAAUGAGAGUAAGUUGUCAUUGAAAUGUGAACAUGUGCUCUAUUUCUGUGCAAAUUCUUUCUGAUAUCCUGAACAAAUGGAUCUUCUCUAGUCAUAGAAUCAGAGAAAGGUGUGGGCUUUGUCCAGCUUUUAGAGUGUGUUGGUAUUGUCACAAAUCUGAGCGGCAUCCCCUAAAUCACUUGACGGGCAGCCAGCGGGAGCUCCUUGUUGAAAUUUGAGGUUGUGUAUCCAGUGUGUAUGUUAGAGACACAGUCUUGCUGUAGUUGUGAGUUUGGAUGUUUGUCUCACUGUGAUGAUUCCCUACAAAAAUAUUGAACCUAUUCAGUUACAGGUUUAUCAACCAAAUACCUCACUGACAAGAAAAAUAAAAUUAACAAAAACCUGUUUCUCAUAAAAGGUGUUAAUUAGUGGUAAUUAGAUUUCAAACCUUUAAAUUCUGCAGCAUGGCUUGGAUAUUGGAAAAUUGGUUUGUAUUUAUAUCUGAUUCAUUGUAGUUUCCCUUCUGUAUAGUGACAGAUCUUUUCAAAAUAUAUUGACAUAUAUAGCUACCUAAAGCUAGGCUAGGUCAGCUGUCUUUAGUUUGUUAAUUAUUUCUAGUAAUGUUUGGCCUUUUCAGUUGCUGGUGUGUUGGAAAAUCCUUUCUUACACAAUACACCACCUUUUCAAAUAGGAAGUGGAAAUUUUAGUUGGAAGCUUCUGAUGCCUUUUCUGCAUCAUUAUUAAUAGGCUUAACAUCUUAGUUCACGAAGUAGCGGUAAAAUACUGCAAUUAUUUUAUUUUUAAAUUCUAAAUCUUCUCCAUGGAUUGUUGCAUUACUUCAUUAUCUUCUCAUACCAGGUUUUACCCUUCCCAGCACACACUUCAUGAAUGUUUACCUAGUUGCACUUCUUGGCAUUCCUGAUUUUCAAAUCUAAUUACUUUCCUCAGUGCCGACUGCAGGUACAUUCCUCCCUGGAUGCAGACUUACACUGUUUUGAUUUAGCAUAUGAAGAACUGGUCUCACUUUUCCAUCAUUUUCCUUACAUUUCAGUUGCUUAUCUUCAGUCUCCCUCAGCUUUGUGAUUAAGGGCUGACCCAAGUACUGUCCAGGCCCCUGCUUGUCUUCUUUGAUGCAGGUAAUGACUGCUGCUGUCAGAGGCACAGGCAGGCAGCCCUUCCUGUCAGAGCUCAGGCACGUCCUAGACACUCCAUGCCAGUAUCCAUGAAGUACCUGGAUUCUGAAGAUAAUUCUGAGAGUGCUAGCAUCUGUACCAAUAGGACAGUGUGUCUCAUAAAGGCAGGGAUUUUGCUUUCCUUCAAAAAACAGAAUCACAGAAUAAUUUUUAGAAAUUAUUUGAUUUAUAUAGAAUUAUUUCAUAGACCUGACCUAAGAUCAUCAAGUCCAACCACUGCCAAGUCUGCCACUAAAUCAUGUUCUUGAGUGCCACAUUUACACAUAUUUUAAAUACCUCCAGGGAUGGUGACUCAACCACUUCAUGAGCAGUCUGUUUUAAGCUUGACAGCCCUUUUGUUGAAUAUUUUUUUCCUAAAAUAAAAAGGCUGUUGUUAACCCAUGUUAUAAAUAGCUGAAAAGGAAUUAGUGCAUGGGGAAGAGAGAAUACCACUUCAGUCUUGAGCAACUUCCAGCCUUUUUUACCACCUCCCAGGCUGGUGCCAGUAACCAAGUAUUUGCUUAACUUGUUUCUGGAAUGUCAGUAAGACAUAGGAGACUGAACAUAUAAGUAAAAUAAUAUGUAAGAGUAAAAGAGUGAAUGCCAGGGGGCAUCUUUCUUACAUUGUCUGGCAAUCUGGCAUUUACCAAAAAGAGGAGCCCUAGGCUCCAGUAACAGUUAAGCACAAAAUCCUAUGGUGCUGCAAAAUCUUGUGGUACCUGUCAAAAGUGAUCAGGGAUUGAAUGUAACAGAUGAUACAAUGGUAUUCUAGGAUAUAAAUUAUCAUUUCCCUUUGUUUUCUUGCAGUGCCAGCAGGUAGGAAAGCAGCACUUCAGCACUUUUUUGGAGCUGUCUUCCUGCUCUUCCCAGAUAAUUACUAUUAGCAAUUCAUUGGAAUUUAGCAUUAGGUAAGAAAAUGGCUUGGGGCAUUAGCUAUUAGAUCAGCCAUAGGUAUGCUUUUAUCAUAAAUACUGAUUGAUUUUUUUUUUUUUUAAGCUCUUCUUAAUAUAAAGAGUGAAGAGCAGCAGGGGCUAUAUCCUAACAUUUUCUGUUAACUUUCUGUGAGACAAAGGAAAAUUGCUCUGUGUGUGUAAGCAAAUUCUUGUAGUACUGCAGGAUGCUAGCUGCUCUGUUUCAUUUUCUUUAAUAAAAAUCUGUAUGCUGUAUUUCUGCAGUAGGUUUUCUCUUUUAAAUUUGUUUCUGCUACUUGACAUAGAUGCAUUUGGUACAUUAUUAAAAUUACAAAGUCUUUAUUAUUUUAAGGAAUUGCACUAUAAUUACUUUAUUUCAAAAUACAUGAACUUUCAAUUUACAAUUAAAGAAAAUAUUGAAUAUUUGCUAUAUAUUGCCUUGUUAGAAAGCAUGUAUUUCACUGUUGAUUUUAUUAAAUUGAAACACAGGAUACAUACUAGAAUCAUAGUAAAGUUACCUGUGAUGGUAGCAUAUGUUUAUAAAGCACCAUAGAAUGUUGUUACAAAUCUUUACUACAUUUUCAGUUGACUGCAAUAAAUGAUGUCAAAUUCCA